CUGAGAGAAAAUAUAUUUUUCAGCGGUCGACGAGUUUACUGGUGGACCGACGGCCAUAGUGCCUCAAUUGUGUGCAAUGUAAGAAGUGUGGAAAACAUGCAUCAACACAAUUCCAACCGGAUAAACACAAUACAAACGGAUGUGCCCGUCAUUGUGUUAACGCAAUUAGCAUAAAAUGAGAUUGGGCUGCGAAUGCGAGAGUGUAAUUAAAAUGCGAAGAAUGUACGCGCUGCUGCCAACCUUGACAUUUUGGUUAAUCAGCUUUCAAUUGCCAUCACAAUCGGAUCAGCUACAUAUAACAGCGCCCUGUGAUCGCAGUCGCAAGGUAUUCACCGAGCCCUACGGUGAAAUCAGCGAUGGCCCCUCCGGCUACAAUUAUACGCAGGAUUCGCACUGUGAAUGGCUGAUAAAAGCGAAAAAUGACAGUCAAUUUAUAACAUUAACAUUCCAUAGCAUGGGCACCGAGUGCUCCUAUGAUUAUAUCUAUGUAUACGAUGGCGAUUCCUUCAAUUCAACUCUCUUGGGCAGCUUCAGCGGACGCACACAACCGCAAAAACUAGUCGCACGGAGUGGUAGUAUGCUCAUCCUAAUGUACAGCGACACAAACUACGUGCUGGAUGGAUUUCGUGCUUCCUAUUACAUAUCAAACUGCCUGAAUAACUGCCACAAUCAUGGCAAAUGUGUGGGCCACCAAUGCGUCUGUCAUGGCGAAUGGGUGGGGCCGGAUUGUGAGGAUGAGGCGUGCCCGCAGAAAUGCGGCGAGCAUCAGGGUCGCGGAAAGUGCCAGAAAAGCAUUUGUCAUUGCUCCCCAGGCUACAGUGGACGCUUGUGUGAUCUUAGUGACAAUCCACCAGGCAGCAGCUGGCGUUGGCUGGCCACCGAUGCUGAGGGCAUGACACCGCGUGCUGCACACUCCGCCGUUUAUAUGGAAGACGAGGAUGCACUCUAUGUAUUUGGGGGCUACGAUCUGAACAAUGUCAUUAGCACGUUGCAGAUAUAUCGCUUUAGCACCAGCCAAUGGGAGGACGAAUGGGGCAUACCACUACAGAGUCGCCGUCAUUUUUAUCAUCCACAAAAAAUUGAUCAUACACUGUUGAAAGCUGUGCUGCAGCAUAAGAACGAAGACGAGGCCAAACUGUGGGGCCUGACCAGCGACGUGAGCUUCUUUCGAAAUAUCCUCUACACGCUGGCCGAGUCUAAUUUACAUCAAAGACGCACCCGUUCCUCGCUGCCAUUGACUACAGUUAACGCAAACUCUACGGACGAGGAGUUAACUGAAUAUCUGGAGGAUAUACUGGAAGAGGUGACCGAUCACAAACCACAUGGCCGUUAUGGACAUGCUGCAGAUCGGGUUCCAGGGGGCUUUGUCAUCUAUGGUGGCAAGCAUGCCAACGGCAGCUUCUACAAUGAUCUCUGGCAAUACAAUAAUACGGAAAGUGGCGGCAAGUGGAAGCAAAUGGCUGUCAGAUCUAAGCUACAGCCUCCGGCACUUGCAAGGCAUACUUUAACCACCGCCUUGGACUAUUUGUAUUUGUUUGGCGGCAGUGUGGAAUCAGGUGAAUUCUCCUCCAGCAUUUAUCGGAUACGCUUGCCUCUCAGUGAAGAUUCGCAAUGGCAACUCGUUAAGCCGCGAGGCGGGAAAACCUUGGAUGUGCGUUUGGCUGCUCAUUCGACGGUUUACUAUGGAGCAACUAAUUCGCUAAUUGUAUUUGGUGGCAUUAUGACGAGUUUGGCACGCUUUUCGAAGCUAUCGGAUCGCAUAUUUGCAUUUCAACUGGAUCAGCUGCACUGGACAGAGAUCUUAUAUCCACGGACAGCAUUGAGGGAUACGAAUAUACCAAGGGAGCGAGCAUUUCAUACGGCCACCAUAUCGGGCAAUUAUAUGAUUGUCUUUGGCGGCUAUACGCAUCGUCAUAACAAGGAUGAGAUAUGCUACGACAAUCAAAUGUAUUGGUAUCACUUGAGCUGUCACAUUUGGAUCAAUCAGGUGGUCUCGGCCGAUGAUAGUUUGUACCCGAAGCAUCAGGGCGUUUUUGCCCAUGCCGCUGCACUGCGUCGCAAUCACACGCUGCUGAUUGUGGGCGGCUAUCACGGCAAUGUGAAUGCAGAUCUGUUUGCCUAUGAACUGCCGCAGGUGCUACGUGUGGAGAAUCCACUUUACAAUCACAAUCCGGAGAUGGCGUGUCGUCUGCACGCCUCACAUACUGCAUGUCUAUCAAAUCCGGAAUGCGGCUGGUGCUCGGCGGAUAGCAGCUGCUAUGGACGCACAAUUGGAGCCAACUGCACCACCAAUUUGCAGACGACACGCUGCCCCGGAAUUUGCCCCUCCUUGGGCGAUUGUCAUUCGUGCCUGGUGCACGGUACCCUGUGGGGCCGUGGCAAUGCCGCCGCCUUCUCCGUAGCCAGCAAACUGGGCCUCAACGAGUGCACCUGGUGUGUGCAAAAUGCCCGUUGUCAUUAUCGUGCUGACAACUAUGGCAUGUGCGGCGAUAGCACCGGCUGGUGGGGUGAACAAGGCACCGAAAUUCGAGAACCUGAUAUGUGCACCCGCAAUGAUCGGCGUCCGGGCUUGACUUACAUCAAGUAUAACUAUCCCGUUAACUUCACCAUGCCCGAUUAUGUGGGCAUUGUCAAUGCUACCAUGGUGGACUUUGCCUCGCCGCCGCCCACUGCGUACUUUGAACAGCGGCAGGAGGGUGAAAUGCUGGCACGCCUCCUGGGCUUCGUGCGGCCUCUGCAGCAGUGGAACAACAACAAYAAUUCAGCCAUACAGGUGUGCAGUAGCUACUCGUCAGCUGUGCUGCGUGUGGGUCUGGGCAUGAAUCUCGACAUGCUGGACAAUGUGACCACGCAAAGCUCAAAUCAAUCGUACUGCAGCAAUGUCCAGCUACCCAGCACCGAGCAGCCAUUCCUCAUCGAUUUUCAAGCUCGCCGUCGCAUUGGCCAGAACAACAUCUACAACACCUACCAGAAGACGAAAAUGGAGCUGCAGCAUUUGCAUAAUGGACAGCUGAAUGCAUUUACCUUCGAGUACUUGGAGCCGUACUAUUCCGGCGAUUGCACUCAAUAUAACAACUGUCUGCAUUGCCUGACCGAUGGCUCCUGCUCAUGGUGUCCACUGACCAGCAAAUGUCAUCUGAAGUCAGUCAAUGAGAGCGCCGUCUGUGUGGCCAAUGAUACGGAUCAGGGCACCCAUUGGGCGUACUUGAUCAGUCAGCCCAGUCAGUGUGCCAAUUGCUCCAAUUAUGUGACCUGUCGUGCCUGCGUCUCCACGCCUGGCAAUGGCGAGUGCGAAUGGUGGUUGGAUGAUGCGCGCUGUGGACGCAUUGGCAAAUCGAACAGCAGCGUCCGAUCCAUUGCACAGUGUCCGCGACCGUGUCGCGAGCGUCGCGGCUGCGAUCAGUGUCUAGGCGAGCGUGGACGUUGUGUCUGGUGUGAGGCGAGUGCCCAGUGCUUUAGCUUUGCCGUUUACACCAGCGAAUACCAGUUUGGCAUGUGCCGCGAGUGGAUCGACAAGGUCAGCACGCCGCCCAUGUCGCCGGCAGCUGGACCCUCGUCGGCGUCUGCAACGCCCACAACCACAUUGACUAUGCAUCCGGCACCGCACCGUUCCUUGCAACAGUGCAAAUCCUGUGAGCGUCAUCGCAACUGCACCUCGUGCCUGCGCACGCUGAGCUGCGGCUGGUGCUUCGAUCGGGACAAUCCCAUUGAGGGCAUUUGCAUGCAGGGCGACUUUAGCUACAGCGCAGGCAACUGCUCCCUGGCCCUGAACAGCAGCUCGCAGCACGAUGCCGAGUGGGCCUAUGCUCAGUGCCCGGAUGUGGAUGAGUGUGGGCUGGGCUUACACGACUGCCACAAGGAGGCCAAGUGCACCAACACGCAGGGCAGCUACAAUUGUCAUUGCCGGCGCGGCUAUGUGGGCGACGGACGGUUCAGCUGCGUGCGCACCUGCUACGAGUUCUGCCAGCACGGCUAUUGCUCCGGUCCGCCGGACUACAGCUGUAAGUGUGACCUGGGCUGGACGGGGAGCGAUUGUGGCACUAGCUGCGGCUGCAACAACCACUCCACCUGCCUGGAGCGUGUGGGAAAGUGCGACCAGUGCCAGGCGUGGACCGAGGGUGAGCGCUGCGAGCGUUGUCGCCAAGGCAGCUACGGCAAUGCAACGGCAAAUAUCGGCUGUCAUCCGUGUGAGUGCAAUGGACACGGCAAUCAGGAUUUGGGCAUUUGCAAUGUGAGCCACGGCGAGUGCUUCUGCAAGGACAACACGCAGGGCCUCAAGUGCGAUGUCUGUGCGCCCGGCUACUACGGCGAUCCGCGCGACGGUGGCCAGUGCUACUAUCAAUGCGAAUCGCGUGGCAUACUCACCAACAUAGGACGCAGUGCCAUCGGCUCCUAUCAGUCGUAUCGCUCGCCGUGGGGCGCCAGCCUUGAGGUGCGCGAAUGCCUGUGGAUAUUGCAGCCAAAGACCUUGCAUGCGGAUAAGUCGCUGCUGCAGCUAGAGUUUCAGUGGAACAGCCUGGCCAUGAGCUGUGACGAGAAUGCCGUGUACAUCUAUGAUAGUUUGCCUGACUUGACUGGCGCUGCCCAGCAAAAUCAACUGCUGGCCGUUGUCUGUGAGCCGUACAGUGCGGCACGCAUCAUCGAGGCUCGGUCCAGUCACGUCACCGUCUACUACAAACAGGGCAGCGAACGUCGCAAUUUCGGCUUCAAUGCUUUGUAUUCGGUCAAGAACUGUAUGGCGGGCAGCUGCAUGCAUCCGCAUAUCUGUGACGCGCUGCAGCGUUGCGUCUGCCCCGUUGGCUAUGUGGGUCCACGCUGCGAAAUCGAGAUCUGUCCAAGCAAUUGCCAUGCGAAGCGACUCCAGGGCUAUUGCGAUACCGAGUAUGGACGUUGCAUAUGCAACAACAACAACUAUGCGGGCGCCGAUUGUGGCACGCUGGUGCAGCGUCAUCAUCUGGUUAUGACGGAGCUGUUUAACACACAACUGCUGAGCGAAGGGCUGGAGCACCUGAGAAAGACCAUCCCACGUUUUGGGCACUCGGUGAAUGCGGAUCGCAGGGGAUCGUUGUGGAUGUUUGGUGGCUAUUCGCCGAGUCAUGGACCGCUUAAUGACUUCCGUCAGUUCGAUACAAAGAACGCCACCUGGUUGCAAGUGACAGUCGAGUCGUCCACUCCGGAGGAUCGCAUGCCCCUUGGACGGUAUUUCCAUGCCGCCGAGAUCUUUGUGAAGAAGCAGAAUAUAUACAUCUAUGGCGGCAUCGGCGCCAAUUCACGUUUGCUCUCGGACUUCUGGCUGUUCUCGAUACAGAAUCAACGCUGGGACCAAAUCGAGGCGGAUCCAUCGCAGGGCGAGUCGCCCCCAGCGCUGGCCGGGCACACCUUGACCCACACGCGCUAUCAGGAACACGAAUCGCUGCUCCUGGUGGGUGGCCUGAGUCUGAAUAAAUCUCGCCCACUGGAGUUGUGGGAAUUCAAUCUGGACACUGGUCGUUGGGUGCAACUGGCGGCAAUGGGAGCACGGCUACCGGUGCUAUACGGGCACAGUGCCGUCUAUCAUCAGGAGACGCACAGCCUCUACAUAUUUGGCGGCUAUGCUGGCGAGGCCCAAAGCAAGCUUUAUGCACUCGACCUGAACAAGCUCAGCUGGACGGAAUUGCCGACAUUUAAGGAAUUGAAUUCUCCGACUUCGCUGCUGCCGCGUGCCCGAUAUUUCCACUCGGCCGUCAGCACGGAGCACUAUAUGAUUGUGUAUGGCGGCCGGACGAGUCCAUAUAAUGCCACAGAUCUGCUCAUUGCCUACGUGUAUGCGUGCAACCAGUGGGUGAGGCUGACCGAUGAUGUGGAGCUGAUUGGUCGCCUUCCCGUGGCCAGCUAUGCCGAGGACAUGACCAUCGAUCCGGACAGCGGUGCGAUCUAUGUGAUUGGCGGCUGGGAUGGCAGCGCCACCCAGAGCCAUGUGACGCGCAUCAACAUGCCCGAGGACAUCUGCCAGCUGUGGAGCGGCGGCAAGUCGAUGUGCCGCCACUAUAUGGGCUGCAGCUAUUGCACCAUCCAGAACACCUAUAGCAACAGCUCGCAUUGCUUCACCCAAGGUCGGGCGCCGUGCGCCAACUACAAUGGAACGCUGGUCAUCAACAAUGGGCCGGCGUGCAAUGAUGUUUGGCUGGCGAGUCGCAAUUGCUCGAGCUUUGGCAGCUGCAGCGCUUGCCUGGCCGCCUGGCCCAUCCACCAGGAGCUGAGUCCGGUGUGUCAAUGGUGCGAUGAGUGUGGAAUACGUGGACGUUGUGUGCCCGCCGGCGUCGACUGCGCCCGCAACAGCGUUUGGUGUGAGAAGGAACUCAGUGUGGGAGUGCUCGGCCUCUGUCCGCUGCCCCAGUGCCAUCAGCUGGACUGCGAGACGUGCAUGCUGCAUAGCGAGCAGUGCCACUGGGCACGCAACGACAUGGGCCACGUGGAGUGCAUUGCCCGGGAACUGGUGGAGAAGAAUGCAUAUCACUUGGUGGACCAAUGCCCACCGCCAUGCCACACGCACAGCAAUUGCAGCAGCUGCUUGCAAUCGGCGCCAGAUGCCGUUGCCACGGAUUGCAAAUGGUCGACCAUGUUGAACGCCUGCCUGUCGCCCAGUGCACAGCCGUUGCUGUGCGCUGGCGGCGUAUGUGGCCUGGUCUUGGAGUUCACUGAGCUGGAACGUUGCCCCGAGCCGUGCCAUGUGUACACCCAGUGUUCCACCUGCCUCGAGCAUGCGCAUUGCGGCUGGUGUGCACGGGAGGGCUUCAAUGGCGACGGCAUCUGCACGGAGGGCGCGCUCGAGCAUCGCCAGGAGCAUCCGUCGGGCUCCACGUGUGAUCUAAUCUACAGUAGCUGGCGCAACGACUCACAGCUGACGCAUGCGGACGUGGUUAGCUGGCACUACGUGCAGUGUCCGGCGGAGAACGAGUGCGAGAAUGGACAUCACAAUUGUGAUCCUGUGUCCGAGCAGUGCAUCGAUCUGGAUACACCGACUCCUGGCUACAAGUGCGUCUGUGCCGCCGGCUAUCGCGAGGAGAAGAACAGCUGCCUGCCCGUCUGCAGUCAGGGCUGUGUGCGCGGCAAUUGCAUUCGCCCCGACGAAUGCAAAUGCGACUUUGGCUAUGUGGGCGAGAACUGCAGCAUCCAGUGCCUGUGCAACGGACACUCCAAUUGUGAGUCGAGCAGCCGGCUGGACAUUUGUCUGAAGUGCCACAACAAUACGAUGGGCGAACAGUGCGAGAAGUGCCAGCCGCUGUUUGUGGGCAAUCCGCGGGAGGGUCACGCCUGUCAGCCUUGCCUGGAGUACUGCCACGGCCACUCGGAUGUCUGUGUGGCCUACGAUGCGGAUCCGGCGGUCUUCAAUAUGACACGCUCAGAGCUGGAGCUCAUUCUGCCCGAGGGACCCGCCCACAAUGCCACCUGCUUGCGGUGUGCGAAUCACACGGCUGGCGAUCGCUGCGACAGCUGCCUGCUGGGCUAUUUCCGUGGCAGCGAGGAUCUACGCAAGGAGUGCCGCCCCUGCCAGUGCCAUGGCCACGGCAACAUCUGCGAUGCGGUCACCGGCGAGAAGUGCAAUUGUGCCAACAACACCGAAAGCGAUGCCACCUGCAUCGCUGGCGGCGGCAAGAAUUCGGCCCAGCUCUGCUGGAGCGUUCAGUGCUCCAAGUGUCGCGACUCCUAUGCUGGCAAUCCCACCGAUGGACAUCAGUGCUACAAACAAAUCACGGUCGAGUCGCGCAUGUGCUUCGAUGCCAAGCCCAUAGAGGAAUGCAAAUCGAAACCAGCUGCUCUCAAGCCCGGUCAGACGGUGUUCUUUGUCAUCCAGCCCCGUUUCAUGAACGUGGACAUACGCAUCAUAAUCGAUGUAACUCAAGGAGAAUUGGAUGUGUUUAUGUCGCCGCAGGACGAUUCCUUUAUAGUGGAAACAAAUCAGACAACGGGCUACCACGAGAUCUUUCUGGACAAUCGCUAUAACUGGGGACCCAAGACCGAGCGCCAGCAUCCACUUAACAUUGCCCUGCCGCGCCACGACAAUGUUACGCUGCAGAAGCUCUUCGCGCCUGAGCGACGCACUGGCUCCAACGGCCCAACAAUGGGCGCCAGCAGCAGCAGCAACAACUUCUAUGUACCGCACCUGCACGACUGUCGCAGCCAUGGAGGACACACUUUUGUGGUGCAGGAUCAGUUCGCCAAGGACCUGAGCACGCAUGUGACGUUGAACCAAUGCAAUACGCUGCUCCGUCUGUUCGGAUUAAAGAAUCGCUUGGUGCUGACGCUGCCACAGCAUGCGCACAAUUUGAGCGCCACGCGAUUCUUUAUCGCACUGCGCGCCAGCUCUGGCCCGGAGCCGAGCUACGGAUCUGUGGUGUUCCGCCAAGAUCAGCUGCACAUCGAUCUGUUUGUGUUCUUCUCCGUCUUCUUCUCCUGCUUCUUUCUGUUCCUCGCCCUGUGCGUUAUCGUCUGGAAGGUGAAGCAGGCGGCGGAUUUGCGACGUGCGCGCCGCCAACAUGUUGUCGAAAUGCUGCAUCUGGCGAAGCGUCCAUUCGCCCAGAUCUUCUUGGCUGCGUCCAGCCUAGACAUGGAUAACAGUCCGCCAGCCACGUCGGCGUCGACCACACGUCAAAUGCGCCAACGUGCACGCCAGGCGCUGCUGCUGCAGCAGCAACAGCAUUUACAGAGCGAGACCCAGUUGCACAAUCAACCAACGCCCAGUACCGCACACAGCUCUUCACACAGCCGUACUCACGGCCCCACACACAGCUCUCAUAGCUCUCACAGCUCACACACCCACACCCACAUCCAUGGACAUGGACACUACAGAAGCAGCAGCAGCAGUAGCAGCUCCCGUCCCGUGCAGCCAACGGAAAUCAUGCUGGUGGCCAUUGAGCCGACUUACGAUAAUUUGGCUGCUGUUGGCACCGUCUUUGUCAGCCUGCCCGGGCGCUCGAAGGCUCCGCUCAGCAUUGCCCUGGGCUCCACAUUGAUAUCCUAUCCACGUCAAUAUCCGCUCAAUGCGAGGCACUUCAUGCGCACGCAACGACAUCAUCAGGCUUAAGCAGUGACAACUACAGUGAAUAUGUGUGUAAGUGUUAGUCUAUAUAAAUAUAAACAUCCCCGUCCCUUCCCGAUCUGUACUAGUGAAUUAUAAAUAACCAUUAUAUAUAUAGAUAUAUGUAGCAUACUCGCAUAUACGAUUUAUAUGUGGCAUUCUAUGCAUAGUCUAGGCAAUUUUUUGUACAUAAUACUUGACAUACAUCAAGAUUUAGCCAGAAUGAUGUAUGUCGUCGAACAAAGAAAAC